CGGGACUCGCCAGCCAUAUCGAAGACUUGGGCCUGCGGGGAAGAUGUUGGUAGCCAUGCCGGUGCUGGUGGUUCUUCAGCGGCCUACAGCCCGGGGACUCCUAAGGAACUGUUGGGCGCGACUGCAGCAGAAACUUCAGAAGAGCUGGUCAGGCUUUCCCAGCCCUCCGUGGGAACCAGAAUUAGUGGUCCAUGGUCCAGCUAUACUUACAGAAUCAGCAAAUGAUACUAAUGAAAAUAAGGAGAUUUCCAGCCUUUCGGAUAGUAUGUUUUGGAUGGCAGUGCCCAAAAACAGACGCAGCAUUGAAGUUAACCGGUGUAGGAGAAGAAAUCCCCAGAAGCUUAUUAAAGUGAAGAACAACGUAGAUAUUUGUCAUGAAUGUGGUCACCUGAAACAGAAACAUGUCCUUUGUGGCUAUUGCUAUGAAAACGUGCACAAGGAGACUGCAGAAAUCAGAAGACAGAUUGGGAAACAAGAAGGGGGCCCUUUUAAGGCUCCUACCGUAGAGACCAGGGUGCUGUACAUGGGAGAGACACCAUCUGAACAAGAUCAGGGCAAGAGGAUUAUUGAACGAGACAGGAAGCGACCAUCCUGGUUCACCCAGAAUUGACACCAGAGAUGUUUAAAGAGGGUAACUUAACAUAAAACACUUCUGGAAAAGAGGAAGAUUUUUUUGUUUUUAAUAUUUUGUGUCUGUUUUAAAAUCAAUAUAGCUUAAAACAUUCUUCAUAAUAAUGUGUAGAUAAUUUGAAAUCUAUAUCAGGAAUAAAGUCUGGAAAUGUUUGUUUAUUCAGGGGCUCAGUGGAUUUAUAUGUCUAUUUUUAUUAUAAGGUUUUAAGUAAACAUUAAAUUUUUAGGACAAAACAAAGUAAUUUAAAAGUCAUACCAAGAGUUAUGUGUUCGGGUUCUGUUUUUCUUUGUUUGCCAGUGUUUUUUCUUACACAAGAAUACUUACACAAAUACUUUUGUUUAAGUAACACCUGGAAAUAGGUUAUUAUUUUAAUUCUGAAUAUUGUUUUUUAAGAUGAUAAUUCCUACAGUAAGGAAAGAUUUGUUCUGUUUGGCAUUUGUUUUGUUUUAUUUUGUUUUUGAAAACUAAAAUUGCCUUUGGUGGAAUUUAUAUGGGAUGUAUUAUGUUAAUUUACUUAGACAAAAAAGGUUCUUGACAUUUGACAUGAAAUCAAAAUGACAUUUAGAAUUCAUUAAAUAGCUCAUGAGAUUUGUAAUUUAUUGUUUUGGGAGAAAGACUUUUAAAAUGAGAUGUGAACGAAUUCAGUACUACACCAAAAAUAGGCUAAGGAUGUUGCCUUUGUAUUUUCCUUUUAGUAUGUCCUUUAAUUUAUUUUACCUUUUAUCAUUUUUAUCUCUUUGUAGCAAUGGCCUUUUUAACUUAAAGCAAAUCAUUUACUAUUUCUCCCUCCCCUCUGUCUACCCUGAGCCCAAGAUUUGCUAAUUUUUCCCUGCCUCAUUCAAAAAUAAAUAAAGUAAGAUAGCUUAUUAAAACCUAGAGAUAAGUAAGUAAAGGAUUAUGGUUAAACGGAAAAUCAGUACACAUAAUAAAACCCAGGGAUAUAUUUGAAACAGAAAGCAUACCACAGUAGCCUGAAUAUGUAUUAGAAUUAGGCAGCAAAUUCAACACUGAACUUCCUUUUCUUUGGAAAGAACUUACAUGGCUAAGUCUCUGCAAGUUAAGACAACCCGGAAAUACACCACUAUCUUAGUACUAAGGCCUGAUGGACAUUUCUGCCAGAGGACUUUAUAAUGAGGAGUCUGUGAAUGGGUAGUCCAUCUUAUUCCUAUAAAUAAAAUGACCGGUUUCAUGAGGUACAGUAAGACCAAUAAUAUGUUAAAAUGUUAAUAUGUUAAGAUAAUAUGUAAAAAUUUUAUCA